AUGUUUCCUGGUGGACGCUCACGCUACCCGUAUCAAAACUCCCUCCAGGACCCUGACAAUGGCGGCGGGUUUUACCCUGAUCGCAUGUACUCGCACACUCCUGGCGCAUUGAGAGGCGAUAGUCGCUAUAAUCAUGUCUUCGGGACCAGUUCGAGAAACUGGAGUUAUACUGACAAUGGAAGAUAUGGGAGAUUUGAGCCGUACGACAGGAGGGGACCCCGAAGGUUGAGACGAGGAUGGUGGGAAUGA